AUGAAUAAUAGUAAUAAUAAUAAUAGAGUUAGACAAUUUAUAGUAAAUUUAGAUGAUAAUCCUUAUCAUAGAUGGGAUCAUGUAGCUAGAGAAUAUAAAGAUAAAAUAAAGGAUGUUGAAAGAUACAUUGAUCAAUCAUUGUUGUCUGGUGGAUGGUUGGCAAGAGGCGUUUUAGCGUCGGUACAAGGAACACUAGGUGUGAUGGCUAAAUUAAACUUGGUUGCAUAUGCAAAAGAGUUGAAAGGUUUAUCAAGAGAACUAUCAAUCCCUCUUGGUAAAAUGGUCGCAAUGCAAUUGAUUUAUGAAGCUUCAACAUGUUGUACAAGUAUGGUUAUACCUGAUAAUCAAAAUAAUCAAGUAGAUAUAUCAUCAUCGUCAUUAUCAUCAUCGUCUUCAUCUACUUCAUCUCCAUCAUCAUUGGUACUUGCAAGAACUAUGGAUUGGUCAAUGGAUUGUUUAAAAGAUAUUACUGUAGAGAUUGAUUUUCAUCAAUCAGGUGCAUCUGUGAUGAAAGCAACUACUUGGGUUGGAUAUGUUGGUGUAUUGACUGGGAUUGCUAGUCAAUCAAAGACUGCCGUUUCCAUCAAUUAUAGACGAUCUGAUAAAGGAUCAUUUAUGGAUAAUAUAAAGAAUUUAAUUUCGUACAAGUGGCCCGUUGGAUACCUCGUAAGACACGUACUCUCAACUGCAACCAACUACCAAGCUGUAGCAGGUACACUUGAAUUGUCAGGUAUUGUAGCACCUUGUUUUAUGACGAUUGCAACCGUUGAUAAAGGUAUUGUACUUGCAAGAGACCCAGAAUCUGUUUUUAGAAAGUCUCAUGUCAGAGAUGCUACCAACACACAACUUGAACCAAACAUACAAACUAGUUUCAACAACAAAAACAAAAACAACAAUUGUAUAACAACACAAAGUAAUUAUUUUGUUCAAACCAAUAAUGAAGAACAAAAUGACAAUGACAAUAACUUUCUAUACUCUAAUGAACGUAGAUGUUUGGCAAAACAACAACUUGCCAAAUGGAUAGAGACCGGCGAACCAGUCACCGAUGACUCUAUUUGGAAUCUAUUCUCAACAUUCCCAAUUCACAAUGAUGAUACCAUCUAUGGUACCAUCAUGAAUCCAACAACCUAUUCAAUUGAAACAAGAAUUCCAAAUACAAGAUUUGGUUUUAAUCUAAAUAAUAAUAAUAAUAAUAAAAAUAAUAAAGGUAUGACUAGUAAAUACUAA